AUGGUUUACUAUGCGUACGUCGAUGACAUCAGCGACGGCUCCUCCCCACGAUACAUUGCUGUUUUCGCCAGCCGUGCAGUCGCCGAUGAGUGGUGGCGUGGCGUGUCCACUUCCGCCACAAAGCCAGUGCUGCCUCCCAUCACCGACACCCAAGUUGCAUCUAGUUUUUUUGGCAAAGUGUUUUUCAGGCUACUGCCAAGUGAUGUCGGAUUUAGUGUCAUUCCGAUUCUAGAUCUCGUGGAUCAUGUUAGCGGGAACUUAUUUUUCAUCCGCUCCAAAGUCUCUCCUAACGAGUAUUGGUACUGUCCUGGAUCGUCGACAGGCAACGUCACGCCUAACUCCAAAGUCUAUGUAUCGUGUACUGAGCGGACCCGCUUCCGGGUCCGCCUCAUCAACGAACGCAAGGACACUACAGGGACCAUCAUGAUUGGCUCUGACGACAUCGCUAUUACCUUAACUUCCACCAACCUAUCCAUCAGAGUCUCCCGCAGCGGCCAUUUGAUCGUUUCGAAAAACCCUGAGCUAGGGCUGAAGUUCAGUUAUUUUGUGAACGGAUUCGGGGUGGCGACUCCUUUGCUGGACAACGAGGGUCAUCGCGAGAAUGUAAAAGAACUCUUCAAGACGGAUGAUGGGGAAGAGUGGGAACUCGCUUGA